UGUAUUAUAUAACUUUUGACUGUUCAGUUUUUUGGUAGAACAAUACUAGGUGGUCUUGCGGGAAUAUUAGAAGAGCAUUUAUUUUUCUGGAUAUGUCACUAACAUACUACUACUACUUUAAAGUGUUUGCAAGGAGUUGAUGAUUUGAAAAUGUAUUCAAUGUAUGAUUUUCUGUAAAUGUAAAUGUGCGUUUAAGUCCAGGGCAGCCUGAUGGUCACAUGAGGUCCAUGAGGUAAUUUGAGAUAUAUGCUUAGGUGAGCACUCAGACUUAACACUGUAACUGUGGGAACCAAAGUGACUGUUGUCUCUCACCCACACGUGCAAUAACAGCUGAUAAACAACAGCGCGCCCCUGUUGUGUAACUGGGAUCCAGUCUUCAGCCACCUUUUCUAAGAAGAGCAGUGGAGUAGGAGGCCUCCUCCACAUCUGGUUGACUUUGGAGGAAAUCUGCAUGUUUGUCUCAGGAGGAUCAUGUCUUAGCUGGAAGCAAAUGACUGUCAUCUAUUCACGAGACCACGUAAUAUUGUGGAUGAGGGUUUAAAGACAAAAACAGAAGCUUGACAGAAGAGCUUCCUUGAAUCUGAAGAUAUCCAGUCAAACUCCACGAUGAAGAUCCGUGUGGUCCAGAUCUGGGGUUUCCUGAUGACAGUGCUGGGCUGGAUCUUUGUGGCUUGCACUAUGGCCAUGGAAGGAUGGAAGAUCACAUCCAUAGGGGGAAUGGCGGGCUCCUCCAUCAUCAAGGUGGCGUGGUAUUGGUCCAGCCUCUGGAGAUCCUGCUUUACUGACUCAACUGCUGUGACCAACUGUUAUGACUACCCGGUGCUCUGGUCUGUGGAGGGUUACAUACAGAUAGUGCGAGGCCUGCUGAUGUCAGCGCUUUCCCUGGGAAUGCUGGGGUUUGUGCUCAGUCUCAUGGGUAUGGAAUGCACCUUCCUUGGGGGAAAAGACCGUGCGAAGUACAAGAAGAUCUAUAGUGGGGGAUGGUGCCACAUCAUCAGUGGUUCCCUGUCCACAUGUGGAUAUGCUGUUUAUGCACAGUAUGUCUCAGUAGAAUACUUCAACCCUGACUUUGAUGGACUGAAGUAUGACCUCGGCACCCCGCUGUUCCUCGGCUGGGUCGGCUCUGCUUUUCAAUCGACGGGUGGGUUUUUUUAUCUGUGGUCUGUGUGCAAGCCACUCUGUGGAGGAACACAAAUGGUGGUCACCAUAAAGCCACAACCAGACCCUGAGCAAAACAAGUCCACCACCGCUCUUUCCACAGUGUCAGAGAUCACCUCCAAGACCAAAUUGUCCUCGAUAUCGGAGCUGUCGUCCAGGUCUGAGCGCUCAGACUUGUCCAGCAUUUCCUCCAGAUCAGAACGUACAUCCAAAUCUGGACGCACGGCUAAGUCGGGUCGUUCAUCAAAGACUGAGAGAACUAUCAGAUCUGCGCAGUCAGGAUCAAAGUCAGGGUCAGGAUCAGAGUCUGGCCUUUCGUUGAGGUCCAGUAUAUCGACUUUGACUGAGUCAGGGAGCAGCAGCGGUGGCAGCAGCAGCAGCAGCAGCAGCAGCAGCACCAGGGGUCGCACAGUCUCGUCUUUAUCGGGCAGUUCCAGGAGUGAGACCACACCAUUCAUCAAAAACUCUUACAUCUGAAUAAAUGUGUCGUAAACACAAUAUGACUGUUUGGCUAAAGCUCUAGUGUGUUACUUUUAAAUAUACAGAGAUACCCAUUACAUUUGUUGAUUAAGCCUAUCCUCAACAUUCGAGGGAGGAAACAGGAAACUUGCGCUAGUAAAGUCAGACGGAUUGUUGGAUUAUGACUGAAAACACAAAGAGGCGCACUACAAGUUUCAGAAGUGAAUUCUACUGAUCCAAAAACCUGGCUGUUAUUGCAGCCACCCCCACUCAAGUCAAUAUUACAUAUUUUCUGUUUGCUAAGACCAAACAAAAGCAGAAUAAUGACAACAACCGCAAAAGAUUUGAACAAAAAAGACGCACUGCAGCUUCAAAGCAACUUCAGUUGUGUGUGUUUCGUAUUAAAAAUGAACUCAAAUGCUACUUCAUUUAUUUAAUUUGUCUGUUAUGUUUUCAUCCUAAACUAUCUUUAAACUUGGAUAGCAUGACACAUAAAUGGUCAGCCUGUGUAACCUUCACCAGGCUGGUUGACAGUAAA